AUGCAAUCCUCGUGUUUGAUUUUAGUAUUUGCCAGUAUUAUUUCACUUGUCUCCGCUAGUAACUGGGCCACUUAUCCAUCAGUUCCAAAAACUGCCAGUAUCAAUGGAUUCGCUGAUCCAAUAUACACCAAAUUGCCAGAUUGUGCCCAGGACUGUGUUGAUAUAGACACCGAUAACACACCAUGUCCAUACUGGGACACUGGAUGUUUCUGUGUUAUGCCACAGUGGGCAGGUCAAGUUGCUGAAUGUUUCGUGUCUAAGUGUGAAGGUAAGGAAGUCGCCAGUGCUACGAGUUUGGCCGUUUCGUUGUGCUCGAGUGUUGGCGCCAACCAAUGGUUAAUGCCAGCAUCUUUAUCCACAGCACUCAGUUCUGCUGCCGGUAACAAGGAAAAGUCCUCGUCCUCGACUGCUUCAAGCAACGCUGAAUUGACUUCUGGUUCUGGUUCUAGCUCGACUUCAAGUUCGAGCUCCUCCUUGGGAUCUUCCUCCAGUGCUAGCUCUACCGGUAAUAAUGCCGUUAUGAUGGCCAGCUACGACCUUCCAUCUGUCGCUUUCUUCAUGUUCAUAUUCUCGCUUGUUUUAUAG